GAUGCGGUCUGUCCCGCCGCCGGUAAUAAUUUCUCGUGGUCGACUAUUCAACGGACUCCGGAACGAAGUUGUCUGUGCGUUGUCCCUACUCCCGCGUGGAUUUCGGCACGAGCAGCGUACGUCUCAGGACGCUCGCACUCCGGUUGGGACGAUGACCGAGACGAAGAAAGAGAAACCUAUCGAGAUAGACGGGAGCGUUCUAGAGGGUGGCGGUCAAGUCCUCCGGAUAGCCGUAUCGCUUUCGGCGAUCCUCGGAAAGCCCGUCAAUGUCUACAACAUCAGGAAGAAGCGAAGCCGGGAAGGACUCAAGAAUCAACACAUGAAAGGUUUAGAGCUCGUGACGAAAAUAUCUAAUGGCACCAUCGACGGUUGCCAAGUCAACUCUCGAGAGAUCACAUUGUAUCCUGGACGAACCACGGGAGGCCGACUGCUCGAAGCCGAUUCAGAAUCUGCCGGGAGCAUCGCGCUGAUGUUGCAAGUCGCUCUGCCUGUUUUGAUAUUCGCGCCAGAGACCCAGCCGACGAAAUUGAUCCUCAGAGGCGGAACGAACUGCGAUCUCGCGCCCCAGAUCGACUACUGUGAACUUGUUCUCCGGCCCUGGUUGAAACAUUUCGGGGUGAAUUUCGACAUCGAGAUCAAGCGGAGGGGCUAUUUUCCGAAAGGAGGAGGAGAAGUUGAAGCUGUCAUCCAUCCCAUCACUUCACCGUUACGCGCUGUCGACAGAACUCGUCCGGGAGAGAUAGUCUCCAUGACUGGCUACUCCUUCGCUGCGGGUGGGCUGCCGCUAAAUGUGGCUCAGGUUAUGGCAUCGGGGGCUUCGGCGACCUUGAAACAAGACUAUCCUUGCGAAGUCAACAUCCGCCGGGUCAAGGAACCGGCGGAAAUCUGUGUCGGCUCGGCUGCUGGCAUCAUUCUGGCUGUAGAGUUCUCGGAAGGUUGCGUUCUGGGAGCGGACGCGCUCCUGCAGAAAAAUUCCAGAGCCGAACGCUUAGGCGUGAACUGUGUGCGAGACCUCAUCAAGGUCAUGGAUCGCGGCGUGACUGUGGACGAUUACAUGCAAGAUCAGCUCAUCAUUUUCAUGGCGCUGGCGAGAGGGAAAUCCAGAAUUCGGUGUCAUAAGCUAUCGGAACACGCCGAAACCGCGAUUUACAUCUGUGAAAAAAUGACUUCGGCGAAGUUUAGAAUAAGCGAACGAGACUCCGGGACAACGAUCAUCGAAUGUGAGGGCAUCGGGUGGGCUCCCCCUACCCUUGACGGGACCCCAGGACACUCGACGGUGGAGCAAGAAAUCGUUGGCGAUACUGUUGAAGCACAUCAUGGAUGA